AUGGGUGGCUCCUCUAGCAAGCCUAGCCAGCCGACGUCCAAGGUUGUGGCUCUAGGGCCCAAUGUCCUGACAUCUGUUGAGAACGCGAAAGUUGACGUGAUUUUCCUUCACGGUCUUACUGGUCAUAGAGAGAAAACUUGGACAGCUAAAGGCGAAGCUGAACCCUGGCCAAAAUCGCUUCUUCCAAAGGACCUCCCGACGGCUAGAAUCAUAACAUACGGCUACGAUGCCGAUAUCCUCCAUCUAACUCGCGUUGCUGGUCAAAACACGGUUCGGGAACAUGCAAAGACACUUAUUAAUGAUCUCAGCGCUCUUCGAAUAGGCACCGCCGGACGACCCAUCAUUUUCGUCGUGCAUAGCCUUGGGGGUCUGGUAAUCCAGGAUGCUCUCUUAAUCUGCAAUAAUCCCAACGACGAAGGUCAAGGCGACGUUCUUUCUUCAACGCGCGGGAUUGCUUUUCUCGGAACUCCGCAUGCUGGAGCAGACUUGGAAAGGUUCGCAACGGCCGUGGCAAACGUUGUCAGUCUCGUCAAAAAGCCAAAUAAGAAACUCUUGGGUGUUCUCAGGAGGAACUCUGAGAUUUUGGCAAACAUCAGAGACGAAUUCCAUAUCAUAAUCAGAAGACGCCAGAGUAGCCAGAACAGCAAGCCGAUCGAGCUUCAUGCCUUCAUUGAAGAACAACCUGUGGAUUUUCUGAAACGCCGUGUCGUGGAACCCGAUUCAGCAAAAAUACCCGGCUACAAUUUUGAAACAAUUCCAGCGAAUCACAUGGACAUGACAAAAUUCAGCGCAGCAUCUGAUGUGGGAUAUGGGAGAGUUUUAAACAGAUUGAAGCGUUGGAUUGGCGAUGACGCUGUCGAUGCCAGCGGGAUAGUCGAUUCGAUUAGCAUCAAGAUAGACGAGGAUUCGACCAACAUGCAGUACACAGAGCAGCUGCGGAAGAUUCUCAAAGUAGAGUUCUCAAAAUCAGAUUGUCCGGACUCGAUUGAACAAAUUUGCAAUUCAUCUGAUACUGAAGAGUCUUUGGAAUGGCUCUUGGAAAGCUCGGAAUACCACACAUGGAGGCGAACAAGCUCUUCAAAGUUAUUAAUUCAUGGAGAACACGGGGAUGGGAAAACAGUCGCCAUGUCUUAUGUCCUCAAGAGCCUUCGUUCCGAAUACUGGAAGUGGGAAAUCGUCUCCAUCUUUUGCUCCCACGGGGACUCUGAGCUGGGGAUGGUGGCCUCCCUUGCGUUUCAACUACUUGAGAAAGACAGCGCUCGUGCGAUGAUGGUGCGACAUAAAGUUCCACUUUCCAAAUUCGAGCCCCAUGCUCAAUUGAAAGCUACAUGGGAGCUAUUGAGGUGCUCCAUCAUAGCGGUUGAUACAGAAACUAUAUUUAUUAUUGACGGCAUUGACAAACUUGAUAGACAUAUGACGUCGUCUUUUCUGCAAAACUUCCGGAGACUAGAGGACGAACUUAACGCAGGCUCUACACAGCAAAGGGCCAAAUCUCACGGGUUGACCGCAGGGAGGACGGAGUGGCCGAUGGGCCCAGACAAUCCAAUAAAGGUACUGAUUUCUUCGGAAACGAUAGACGAUAUAAUGAACAAGCUUACCCAUUAUUCGACUAUAGAUAGAGAAAAGGAAAGAAGAGAAUGCCUGAAAACGUUGGCUUUUGAAGAAUGGAACGCAAGAGAAAGCCGCGUGGAAGACGUCGAAGACGGCGGGAGGUGGUUGGCCUCCCACACGAAAUACAGAGAGUGGUGUGAGAGCCCUACCGCUUCAGCGCUUUGGCUAGAAGGAAAACCCGGAAGCGGGAAAUCAACCCUAGCAAAGCUCAUAGUAAGCAAAUUGGAAGACGGAGAAAACAGUCCCAACAUGGAACAGCAAAAUGAGGCGCCGACGGGGAAACAAGUUUGGACCUUCGACAACCCUGGAGACAAGAGUACCAUUAUAGCAAGGUUCUACUACAGCUUCCGCGGCGGCAGCACAGAGACCAGCCACGAGCUUAUGAUUCGAUCUAUUGUUUAUCAGAUCUUCCGUGAUAACAGCCGGCUCUACAAACUCCUUCGCAAUUGUUAUGGAAGGUUGCGAAGCCGCAAAAAAGAUUGGAGUUAUGAGGAUUUCAAAUCGGCGUUGCGUUCUUUACAUGAGAUCGAUUUCUCCCUGAAAGUCGUUAUUGUGGUCGAUGGAAUGGAUGAGUCUGAUAACGAUAAACGAGUUGAUAUUCUCAGGUUUCUGCCUGAUCUCGCGGCCCGCAAGAGCAAAUGUAUCAUCAAGGUGCUGAUUGCAAGCCGACCUGAGAGCGAUAUCAAUUCUCGAUUAAGUCUAGCAUGCUCGCAUCACAUCAAGCGUCAGUAUGUGAAUGAGGAGGACAUACGCUCAGUUGUGGAGAAAUGGAUCGAACGGAUGGAGGUUGAGCGAAAUUGUCAGAAGGACGCCUUCGAGUUUGUCAAAGACUAUAUUCUAAAAACAGCUUCUGGAGUUUUUUUAUGGGUAACACUGGUCCUGAGAGAAAUGGAAACGUGUCUUGACAACGGCCUCAGCAGCAAAGCUGACCUUAACCGGAUAGUUUUACAACUGCCAAAGGAGCUCGGUGGAGAGCAUGGAUUUUACAAGCGAAUGAUACUCCCCCUGAGCACGAAUCGCGAAAAAGACUUGUAUCAACAAGACCGAGGACGAAGAAUAUUUUAUUGGGUCACCUUCCCUAAGAGGCCCGUUUCAGCCGGAGAACUUUGGGAUGUCUUGGCAACACCUCUUCCUUGGCAAAAGAUGGAUUUGUCCAGUUAUAAUUUCCUAGACAAUAGACCUAUUGAAUUAUAUCGGGGAAUAUUGUCGGCUUGUGGUGGACUUGUUGAGGUUGGUAUUGUCAAUCUUCAGUCUCUGGAUGUCUGUGCUCACCAGUAUGUUUUUGCGGAGCCAUAUCACCUUACUGAAGCUGACGGAGAUGUGGAGAUUGCAAUCACUUGUUGCCGAAUCAUCUGCAUUGCCUUCUCAGCACCUAUCCUACAACAAGACGCUGAAGACGGCUUUUCACAAGCACAACUAUUAGCAGAGCAUCUUUUGGGCUACCCUCUGCUCAUAUACGCCCUCACAAACCUUACGAAACACCUAGAGCAACUGGAAGAUGGCGACAAAGAGGUCUUACUUCAAUUUGAAACCUUCACAACGAAGCUCUCGGCAAAGCCUAAUUCCUACGCCAGUGUCUUACUUUCACAAUGGAUUACAUCGAACCUUCCGAAAAAGCUGCACGUUAAUGCUGAUGAGACCGCUAUGAGAUCAUGUAUACAUGCGACUCUAUCCAACGCCAUAGGCAGUGAAGAGGACCGUUUAACUCAGAUAUUGAUGGCUCUUCAACCAAAUCUGCUCCACUUGGAAAUUGAGGGUGGACAUUUCCAGACAACAAAGCUUCUGCUUGAUUGUGAUAUUGACCCCAACGGAAGGGAUAAUAAUGGCCAGACACCAUUAUCACUAGCUGUUAUGCACGGGCAUUUUGAUAUUGCUACGCUACUGCUUGACCAUGGUAGUGAUCCUUUCGAAAUCGAUAACAAUGGCCGGACACUAUUAUCACUAGCUGUUGGGAACAGGCAUCUUAAGACAGCUAAUAAUCCUGAUAUAAAGGAUGGUAAUGGCCAUAUACCUCUUUUUCUGGCUGUUGGGUAUAAGCAUCUUGACAUGGUUAAGCUACUGCUUGAACGUGGUAGCCAUCCUAAUAUAAAGGAUGGUAAAGGUCAGACACCAAUUUUCCUGGCUACUGAGCAUAGGCAUUUCGAUAUGGUUAAGCUACUGCUUGAGUAUGGUAGUAAGCUUGAUGUAUCAGAUGGUAAAGGUCAGACACCUAUUUUCCUGGCUACUGAGCAUAGGUUUCUCGAUAUGGUUAAGCUACUGCUUGAGUGUGGUGGUAAGCUUGAUGUAUCAGAUGGUAAAGGCCAGACACCUAUUUUUCUGGCUGCUAAGCACGGGUAUUUCGAUAUGGUUGAGCUACUGCUUGAAUAUGGUAGUCAGCUUGAUGUAACGGAUUUUGAUGGCCAGACACCUAUUUUUAUAGCUGUUAGGCAUGGGGAUCUCAAUAUGGUCAAGCUACUAUUCAAACAUGGUAGCAAGCUUGAUGUAAAAGAUGGGGGUGGCCAGACACCUAUUUUUCUGGCUGCUAAGCAUGGGUAUAUCGAUAUAGUCAAGCUACUACUUAAACAUGGUAGUAAGCCUGAUGGAAAGGAUUUUGAUGGCCAGACACCGUUAUCCAUGGCUGCUAGUCAUGGGCAUGAGGCUAUUGUCAAGCUACUACAACCCAAAAAGAUGUAA